CACCCAAAGUUGGUGCCUUUCCCUGCAAAUCCCGCGAAUAGACCCAAGGCAAUACUGAAAAUCAGAGAGGAACCCCAACAAAACCCUCAGAAGUUCGAUCUUCUUAUGGUCCCCUGACCCUUGUUCCCUCUUUUGGAUUAUCGGAUUUUCAAUUGUAAUUUGGGGAUCAGGGUCGGUGGAGGAACUGGAAGAAGAUAGAUAGAACAAUUUGGUAUUGGAACGAUGUCUGCCGCAGUGUGUGGGAGCAAGAGAUCUUUCUUUGAAGAUAUUCCUCCGUCUCCUCCGGUAUCUAAGAGGCUUCGUUGCUCAUCUUCUCCCAUUCGUUUCUCCGCUGCGGGCCUCGUCGAUCAGCUUCAGGCGGUAUUCCCUCAAAUGGAAGUUCAGCUUCUUGAGAUAGCUCUCCAAGAAUGUGGAAAUGAUCUAGAUGUUGCUAUCAAAAGCUUGCACGAGCGUUGCUUGGGAUCCGCUGACGGAAAUUCUGGUGCUGCUGAGCAAUCCGAUGCUAUUGUGGUUACAGGUACUUUGAGAGAUGAUGGGCAUGCUUCUGCUUCUGAGAACCAGUCAGCUUCAAAUGACCUGCCUGCAGAUGGAGCAGAAUGGGUUGACUUGUUUGUGAGGGAAAUGAUGAGUGCUGUUAGUGUUGAUGAUGCUAGAAUCCGUGCUUCUAGAAUAUUGGAGGUUUUAGAGAGAUCAAUCAGUGGGCAUGCAAGUGCUGAGGCAACACACGAUAUUCAAAAGGAAAAUAUGAUGUUGAAAGAGCAAGUUGAAGGGCUGAGUAGGGAGAAUACUAUUUUAAAGAGUGCUUUUAAAAUCCAGCACGAACGUCAGAUUGAGUAUGAAAAUAAGAGUCAAGAGUUGCAGCAUUUGAAGCAGUUGACGUCUCAGUACCAGGAACAGUUGAGAAAUCUCGAGGUGAAUAACUAUGCUUUGGCAAUGCAUCUGAAGCAGGCUCAGCAGUGCAACUCCUUUCCAGGGCGUUUCCAUCCUGAUGUCUUCUAACCAAAUCAAUAAGUAGGCUAUUAUUAUAAUAGGGCUGCAAAAAUAGCUGCAUAGUGUUAAUUAUAUCUAGUGUUCCCAUAGUGUGGUUAGCUCCUGUAGGUCAAGGCAUGGUUGAUUUAAUGCUGUUCCUAGUUCAGGGGGUGAUUCUAUCCUCUCAUUCUGGGGGUAGAAUCUGUCAUUAUAAGUAAGAUUUGUCUAUUAAUUCAAUUACGUCUAGUGAUUUCUGCUUUGUUCCUUUUUUCCUCCCUUACAAUGUCUCCUUUAUAUGUAUUGUAUUCUCCCACGACAAUUAGUAAUAUGGUAUUGGAUUGAAUUUCUAACGUCUA